CUUUCUUGUGUUUAGUAGCGCCGGCUCCGUGACAGUCGCUCUUAGCCACCGCGUACCCACGGUGUGGACGCCAAUGCAUGCGGCGUCUUUCGCGCAACAUUUGCGGCUGCCGGCGCAGUUGCUGAAGUUUCUCUUACGUGGUGCUAUGUUGCAAAAGCUGAAGAAUGCGAAUAUGCAAGAAUGGAGUUGCAGUAGGUCCAAUGGCUUUCGUAUCGUGCGAUUUCAAGGAUCUUGGAGGUGGGAGUUCGACCUGGUGAUCCUGGAAGGCUCCCUCCGAGGUUUCGUAAUUCAGGCCAGGAAAAGUAAUGAGCGCGGCUCACUGGUGUUGGGGGAGUUCGCGCCCGGGUCGGACGACAGCACCAGGACCCACACUUGCAGCGGCCACGAAAACGGCGCUGGUUUUGAGUAACCACGAGGCGACCCCGCACUACGUUGUCUCCGAUCCCAUCGUUAUGGGAAAAGAGCCGCGAAUGUCGCCGGCGGCCGAGCGUCUUCGCGACGCGGAGCGCCAGGAAGCUGACGAGCAGCCCC